UCCCAACUCCAUCACCCGCGAACCACUCGCAGUCGAGCCACUCCGCUGCUCAGUGCUCACUCCGGUCCGGCCAUGGCGCGCGCCGGCGUCUCCACCGCGCCGCUCUCCCGCCUCCACUCCCUUCCACCACGGCCUUCCCUCCUCCACAACCCGCAGCCGAACGUCCUCCUCCUCCGUCCCCAGCAGCGCAAGGCGCCCGCCACCACCGCGGCGGCGCUACCGACGGCCGCGGACCUCCCGGAGCUAUCCCUCCCGGCCGCGGCCGCCGCGGCGGCCGCGCUGGCUGCGGCGGUUUCUCUCUCCGACCCCGAGCGCCGGCGGCGCGCGCAGGCCGAGGCGGCGGGCGGCGGGGACAAGGAGGCGGUCCGCGCCUACUUCAACUCGACGGGGUUCGAGCGGUGGCGCAAGAUCUACGGGUCGGCGACGGAGGGCGUGAACCGCGUGCAGCUGGACAUCCGCGAGGGCCACGCGCAGACGGUGGCGGCGGCGCUGUCCAUGCUCCGCGACUCCCCGCUGGAGCUGGCGGGCACCACGGUGUGCGACGCCGGGUGCGGGACGGGGUCGCUGGCCAUCCCGCUCGCGGCCGAGGGCGCCGACGUCCUGGCCUCCGACAUCUCGGCGGCCAUGGUGUCGGAGGCGCAGCGGCAGGCGUCGCUGGCGCAGGCAACGGCGCCGGGGUCGACGACGUUCCGGAUGCCCCGGUUCGAGGUCCGCGACCUGGAGAGCCUGGAGGGGCGGUACGACGUGGUGGUGUGCCUGGACGUGCUCAUCCACUACCCGCGGGAGGAGGCGAAAGCCAUGAUCCGCCACCUCGCGUCGCUGGCGGACAAGCGGCUGCUCAUCAGCUUCGCGCCCAGGACGCUCUACUUCGACUUCCUCAAGCGCGUCGGCGAGCUGUUCCCGGGCCCGUCCAAGGCCACGCGCGCCUACCUGCACGCCGAGGCCGACAUUGAGGACGCGCUCCGACAGGCCGGAUGGCGCGUCGCCAACCGCGGCUUCAUCUCCACGCAGUUCUACUUCGCCAAGCUCUUCGAAGCCGUGCCCGUCGCCUCCUCGUCGUCGUAGCCGUAGGCCGGCCGACCGGCGUGUCGCCGGCUUUUGUGUUUGUUUGCCUCAGUCGACUGUUGGUAGAGCUGCAGACGGCCGCCGCCUAGCGCCGCGGCGGCGGCGGCGUGGCCUGUUUGUACAAUUGUACUUGCAAGCUAGCUCCAUUCCAUACUCCGUAGCUUGAUUGCUUUCCACGGAGGCUUCCAUGGACAACUUGGUGGGUUCUAUAUCAUCCCACGGAGGGCCUUGACCCAAAGCUCACAUUAGAAGAAGAGACACAUCUAGAAACGGAUUUCUUACCAUCCAGUGGCCUCAAGCCCUCGACUACCACGCUCGUUUUACAAAAGCUGUAACUAAAGACUCUUCGGCAUGAUUAUUAUCGUGAUUUUCACUCAUAUUGGAUGUGAUAUGGCUAUUGAUUUUCUA